GGGCAGAUCCUGUGAUCUGUUUUCCUCUUGUCCCAUCCAUCCAACCGGCUGCAAACAAACCAUCGAUCCUGUGCUUUGUCCAUCUUUUUUCUUCUGUUUCCAACCGCCGCUCACCGACCGAAGCAUCAGCAAUCCCGUCUCUCGCUGCUCAGCCACCGCCCAGAUCAACCAGAUACAAUACUAGACAGAUAAAACUAUUACUGCGACAAGACACACUUUCCCACCAUGGCGACGACCGACGAGAUUGUCAAGCGGCUGCAAGAGUCUCGCCCGCCGGCAACCGACGCCGCCACCUAUCUGACCAUUGUCGAAAAGUCCCUGACCCCGGAGGCGCUGCCGGCGCUGCAGGAGAUCCUAGAGGACGUGGCGCUCACCACCGAGAUUGGCUGGGACCUGGUCGACAUGCUGAUUGAUGUCCCGGGCAGCGAGGAAUGCCUGGAGAGCAUUGCGCGCCUGGGCAAUCCGCGGGAGGUCAUCCUCAAGGUGCUCGAGACAGAGGAGAGCUCCGCAGCCAUAACCACAAAGGGCGAGACAAAGGCCACCAGGAAUUUCGUCACCCUCUGUGGCAUGCUGGGCAUCCUGCUUAAGAGGCUGCAGGUCAAGGCCCCGUCACGCUUCCUCCACACCACGCUCGAGACGGUACAGAGAUGCUACGACGCGACCAGCGCGGCCUCUACCGCGGCCGUCAUCUCGCUGGUCCAGAGCCUUGCGCGCAAGACGCGGCCUCCGCUGCCCUCUCGCAAGUCGAGCGUCAAGCUGGACACGCCGUUCCAGGACAGCGACCCGGCGAAGCAGGCGCCGGACCCCGAGGCGGAGCGCUCAGAUACUCUCAACGAAGACGAGCCGCAGCUCAUUGCCAACCUGCUCCAGUCUUUCAUCACAUGCAUUAUCGAGGCGUAUGUCAACUCCAACGGCGUGGAGUGGGCUUCAAGGAUGCUCGAAUACACGUAUCCGGAGCGCAUUGUGCCCAGGCGGAAGACCAUGAUUCAAACGUUCAAGGAGGUGGUGGAGUUUCAGGCAAGAGACGCCCUUGUAGGGCAGCUUGUGGCUCUUGCCAGUGACCUUGGACUGUCGAAACUGCCCUCUUUCAAGUUGAAGGAGUACCUUGAAGGCCCCGUCCACCGACAACCGCUCUCUAUUGAUUAUGACCCGCAGCAGCCGGAAAAGCUCCAUCUCUCUACAGGCGGUCUGAUAUGCUUGAACGCAUACUGGAUGUUUGCUGCUGAUGUCUUCGAUGCGGACCGUGGCUUUCCAGAUGAACAACUCAUACCGCAAUACAUGCUGCCCGACCACCAGACCCUAUUAACAAACUUCCUUGGCAACGAGCCGCAGGGGCAAAUCCUCGCCAAUCCUGGAACAACCGAGGCCCUGAUUGUCAUGGCCAUCUGGCUCGACGGUCGGAAAGCGAUAUCGAACCCGAAAGGCGCUGGUACUACCGGGGGAUUCAUGCCCUACCACCAUCUCUUGACCCUGAUCUCGGCCUUUCACCCCAACCUUCAGGUUCGCAAUGCGGCAACCGUUGUAGCAGGCUACAUCCUGCACGCCGACCCCGAAGAGGAAGACCGACUGGCCAUUCUGGAAGACAUGCUGGAAAGCUGCAUCUUCCCAACCCUGCAAGCGUGUGCAGUCACCUGGCUUCGAGAAGAGAUCAUCGCCGCGAAGAGAUCCGGCUCGAAAGGUCGCUUCUCCAGCCCGGACUGUCUCGAAACGAUCCAGUAUACCCUGUUUCCCGAUCUGUCGCACCUCAAGCAAGCCGAUGCCUCUUCGUUGCACAAUUUCUGGGCGCAGAGCGCGCCGCUGCAUCUGCAAGUUGCCAACUUCGCGCUGUUCCUGUUCGGCGAGGACUACAAGGCUCUGGCGCCCGUAGGUAUGGCCGCGGCUAUCGAGCAUCGCUACGUCGAGCCGCUGCUACACGCUGCGAGGGCGUUGAAGAAGGCGGUUGCGGACAAGGAAGUUGAGGUCAAUGAGGAGUUCUUAAUGCAGCUUAGUAUUCUGGAGGAUACUCUGAGUCGGAUAUCGCUGCAGUAG